AUCAUAUUCAUUUGGCACCGUUAAAGCCACUGCACUUUAAUGGUUUUCUGUUCUCUCACUCUCACAAGUGUCUCAUGCACUUUUAUAGAAUCAAAGCUAAGAUCCUUUGUUGAUUCCCACUCUUUAUUUGUGACCCUCCAUUUUUCCACCUCCCUACUGUUUUAUUUGUAUUUUUCCCUUUUUCUGGUCCAAGAUAUUUGUGCUACUUUUCUUCAAACACAACCAAAAGCUGAGGGACCCUGUUGAUAUCAUGACUAACAUCUAAAGAUUUUGCUGUUUACAGCGCUAAUUUCUUGGUUUCUUUAUAUGUACAACAAGUAAAGGUUUCAUCUUUUUAUAUUAUUUAUGAAGAUAUUUGUGUAAGUUCUUGAUAAACCUCAAUUUUUUUCCCAUUUCUGAAUCUUGCAUCUGUCUCAGGUCUCCAAUCUCUCUUUCUCUCUCAAGCCCUGUCCAUAAAAAUCAAAUCUUUAUUAGUCCUGAAGGAAUUUAACUCAAAAAAAAUGCUGCACUCAAAAGGGCUUCUUUCAUUGCCUUCAAACCCCAAAAUUGGAGCUUUCAAUCCACAGUUAUCACCGAGUUUAAGGUACAGAUUCAACCCCAAAAACCUUUUAGUAAAUCAAAAUCAUACCAGAAGCAAUCCCUCUUUAGCUCUUGAUGGCUUCUCCAAAUUUCAAGUAUUCUUGAAAAAACCCCAAUUCCCUAUCCAAAAGAAUAGGAAUUAUUUCAUUUGUAGAGCUGAGGCUGUUUCAGCUGAUGGGGAGCCUUUGUCAGAAAAAUUUAUGGGAAUUGAGCUUGUGACCCUCAAGAAAAUUAUGCCACUUGGCAUGAUGUUUUUCUGUAUUCUGUUCAAUUACACAAUUUUGAGGGACACUAAGGAUGUAUUGGUUGUGACUGCUAAGGGUUCGAGUGCCGAAAUCAUACCUUUCUUGAAAACAUGGGUGAAUUUGCCCAUGGCUGUUGGGUUCAUGCUCUUGUACACCAAAUUGGCUAAUGUGCUGUCCAAAAGGGCUCUCUUUUACACAGUUAUUCUUCCGUUUAUAGCCUUUUUUGGGUCGUUUGGGUUCGUGUUGUAUCCUCUCAGCCCGUAUUUUCAUCCAACGGGCCUUGCAGAUAAGCUUCUUGGUGUUUUGGGCCCGAGGUUUAUCGGGCCUCUUGCGAUUAUGAGGAUUUGGAGUUUCUGCUUGUUUUAUGUGAUGGCUGAGCUUUGGGGAAGUGUUGUUAUCUCUGUUCUGUUCUGGGGCUUUGCUAAUCAGAUCACAACUGUUGAGGAAGCAAAGAAAUUUUACCCUCUCUUUGGACUCGGUGCGAAUGUGGCCCUUGUUUUCUCAGGUCGAACCGUAAAAUAUUUUUCUCAGCUAAGGCAAAAUCUUGGUCCCGGUGUCGAUGGUUGGGCCGUAUCUUUAAAGGGAAUGAUGAGUAUUGUGGUUUUGAUGGGGCUUAUGAUAUGUUUCCUUUAUUGGUGGGUGAAUAAAAAUGUUCCUCUUCCCACUCGUAGCCAGAAGAAAAAGGAAAAGCCAAAAAUGGGAACAAUGGAGAGCUUAAAGUUUUUAGUAUCUUCAAGAUAUAUAAGAGAUCUGGCAACUCUUGUGGUGGCAUAUGGUAUUAGCAUCAACCUUGUUGAGGUUACAUGGAAAUCAAAGCUUAAAGCCCAGUUCCCGACACCGAACGAGUACUCAUCAUUCAUGGGCGAUUUCUCGACUGCUACCGGUAUAGCCACUUUUACCAUGAUGCUUCUGAGCCGUUGGAUCUUCGACAAAUACGGUUGGGGUGUCGCAGCUAAGAUCACGCCAACUGUCUUGCUCGUGACUGGCUUCGCCUUUUUCUCUCUCAUUCUUUUCGGGGGCCCACUUGGCCCGGCCCUCGCUAAAUUCGGAAUGAGCCCGCUUUUGGCGGCUGUGUACGUUGGGGCAAUGCAGAACAUUUUCAGCAAAAGCGCCAAAUACAGCUUAUUUGAUCCGUGCAAAGAGAUGGCUUACAUUCCACUCGAUGAGGACACCAAGGUUAAAGGGAAGGCAGCUAUAGACGUUGUAUGCAAUCCUUUGGGGAAAUCGGGAGGCGCGUUAAUCCAGCAGUUCAUGAUUCUAACCUUUGGGUCCCUUGCGAACUCGACUCCUUAUUUAGGUGGCAUACUUUUAUUAAUCGUUCUUGCAUGGCUUGGUGCCGCCGAGUCUUUGGAUGGCCAAUUCACGGCAUUGAGGCAAGAGGAGGAGCUCGAGAAAGAGAUGGAAAGGGCCGCCAUGAAAAUCCCGAUCAUGUCCAAAGAUGAAGUCGACAAUAAAAAUAAUAAUAAUAAUAAUAAUAAUAAUAAUAAUAUCGACAUUAAUGCUAGCCCUUUUAUGGGUGAGUCGAACCUAAACGCUACAGAAGGCGACUCGUCCAGUGCCUCGUCUCCUAGGAGUGCGUGA